AUGCUGAUUCUUGCCUUUAGUUUGCCCAACCAACCAGACACUAAAAAGGACGGUCAAACUACCACUGGCCAAAAGGACGACCGAAAGGACGACCAAAAUAACGACCAAAAGGAGGACCAGAAGGAUGGCCAAGUGACUGACAAAAAAUCAUAUGAUGUUGAUGACAAACCGCCGCCAGGACCAUGGGGUAACCGUGGCGUCACCUCACCUAAAGCGGGAACAAAGAGGCCACCGCAAAAGGAUUCGAGUUUGAACGUUAGGAUCAAUUUAGACUUAAGGGCUGAUGUUGCUCUGGAACUUCAUGCGGUCAUACAGGGUGAUGUUACGAUCGGGCUUUUCUAA